AUGGGGAGUCGCUAUGGAACAAUCGUCAUGGGCCCCGCCGGCGCCGGCAAGACCACCUUCUGCUCCGCCCUCAUCCAGCACCUCAAGAAUAACCGCCGCAGCUGCUUCUACGUCAACCUCGACCCCGCCGCCGAGGACUUCGUCUACGAACCCGACUUCGACAUCAAAGAGCUCAUCUCCCUCGAGGAUGUCAUGGAAGAGCUCCACCUCGGCCCCAACGGCGGCCUGAUCUACUGCUUCGAAUUCCUCCUCGACAACCUCGACUUCUUGACCGACAAGAUGGAAGACGUGACGGAGGAAUACCUCAUCAUCAUCGACAUGCCCGGCCAGAUCGAACUCUACACCCACGUCCCCAUCGUGCCACAGCUCAUCAAGCAUCUGACACGGGGCAGCUUGAACAUCAGCAUGUGCGCCGCCUACCUCCUCGAGAGCUCCUUCAUCGUCGACCGCGCCAAGUUCUUCUCCGGCACCCUCAGCGCCAUGAGUGCCAUGAUCAUGAUGGAACUCCCCCACGUCAACAUCCUGAGCAAGAUGGACCAGGUCAAGGGCCAGGUCGCGCGGAGGGAGUUGAAGCGUUUCAUCGAUCCCGACACCAGUCUGCUCCAGGAUGCGCCCGACAGUGGCUUGGUCUAUGAGUAUCGAGAGGGCGUGGACAAUGGCGAUCCCGACGACACCGAAGCCAAGAUGAGCGGCACAUCUUUCGCGAGGUUGAACAGGGCCGUGGGCCAGCUCAUCGACGACUUCAGCCUCGUCUCGUUCCUGAGGCUCGACGCGCAGGAUGAAGACAGUGUCGGCGCCGUGCUGAGUUACAUUGACGAUGCCAUCCAGUUCCAUGAGGCGCAGGAGCCGCGCGAGCCCAACGACGAGCGGAUUGAUACGGAUAUGGGAUGA